ACAAGUUCUUUUUUUUUCUUCUUUUUUUGCGUUUUCUGGAAGGUUACCUGAGCCAUGUCGGCGUUGCGUGUCACACAAAGGCGAUUCCAUAAAGGACCAUUGUCGGACUGACCAAUGACCAGUGAAACGCGAAACCCCGCUUCCCCCUUGCUUUCCCAUCAGACCCAAGGAAGAAAGAAAAGCUAAAUAAGCCUCAGUUCAUUUCCACUGGACCCACACGGAGCUGCGCAGAGGUGAAGAGUGCAAGCGAGUGCUGCCAAAAAAGCGCCUAUAUUCUUACAUUCUGCAAGAGAAUCUCACGCUCUGGGCCAGUUGGAAAGUGAAAAUACGCGCAUUUUACGCACGGCCGAUAGGCUUCAUAGUGUUUGUCGGUGAAUGAUGUUUUUUGGCACGCGCUCGUUCCUCCGCAUAACGCGCUUUAAAUCGGAUUUCAGUGCAUUUUAAGCAGCUUGUCCCUUCUCAGCUUGUUCAUUGGAUGAAUAUCUGGCAUCACUGGUUGCUCAGAAAGGCUGAAGUGGACUGAAACUCGACCUCCAGCUCCUAAUCUGCAGAUUUCCAGAGGGGUAUAUAGGUAGAUUACAGCGAACACGAACCGGAUGCUGGAAACGCGCUCUCAGGAACACCUGAGCAGGCAUCUCGUAUCAUUUGAAUCAGCGCUGUUGGAUUGCAGAGCAAAAAUGCUGGAGCACAGCGGGCCCGAUGUGAAGUUUGUGAACAAGUACUGUCCCAGUUCGUCCUCUUCGUCUUCAGCCUCCUCUUCCUCCUCGUCCUCGGCGCGCGAGAUGAAGAUUUUGGCCACGCUACGCGGCAGCCUGAGCCGGAAGUACCCGCAGAAGAACGGCGAGGUGCUGAGCGCGCAGUACGGCAUCAACCUGCUGCUCGUGGGCCUCGCGCUCAUGCUCGCGCUCGCGUACCAGGGACCGACCGUGACCGAGGAGACGGUGCUGGCUUUCCUCACCACGCUCAUGCUCAUGCAGGUGCUGUGGAUGAUCUGCUACGUGGCGCGCCUGGAGCGCAAGCGCAAUGAGCCGCCGGAGAGAGACGCUGACGCGGCCACCAGCUGGAUCCGAGGUGGUCUGACUCUGCUUGCUCUGCUCUCACUCAUCACAGAUGCUUUCCGUGUUGGGAACUUUGUCGGUUAUCAGGAGUGUGUGUCUCCCAUACUUGGCGUCUACCCCGUCAUACAUGCACUUCACACAGUGUCACAGGUUCACUUUCUCUGGUUUCACGUUAAAGAUGUCAUAAAGCGUUACGAAACGUUUGAAAGGUUUGGCGUGAUUCAUGCUGUGUUCACCAACCUGCUGGUUUGGAGUAACGGAGUGAUGACUGAAGCCGAACAUGCUCUUAAUGACCACAAGAGACGAUUAUCAGCAGUCGGAUACUUCAAUUUUACUGUUGGGGAGGGCAAUCAGCCUAACUGUAACUGUACGACCAGUGCGUGUUCGAUGUUCAGCAGCGGUCUGUACUAUCUCUGUCCCUUCAACAUUGAGUACCACAUCUUAGUCUCCGUGCUGCUCUUCGUCAUGUGGAAAAAUGUUGGCCGCACCCUCGAGCGACGCACCAAUCAGAAGCCAGCAUCGUCAGCACCAUUGCUAACAGGCUCAGGAGACGGACCUUUCCUGCUGCUUGGCUCAGCCCUUGGGCUCUUGGCACUUGCCAGUGCCAUCACAGUGCUCGUCAUCUACAUCAUCCACGUGGAGGAGUCACUGGAGGCACGCCAUGCAGCCAUCUCCAUGUUCUACUGGUUUGGAAUCAUCAUUUUGGCAUGCAUGAGUGUCGCCGGUGCUGUCGGAUUGGUCAUCUAUCGGCUUGAGGAUUGGCCCAUGGACACGGCGCCAAAUCCAGCCAGGACGCUCGAUUCUAAGCUGCUGCUCGGUUCUUCCAUUGGCUCCUGGCUUGUCUGCUGGUGCAGUGUCAUCGCAGUGGGUGGGGCCACAAAUUCACCCACCUACCGAUGGGCCAAUUUAGGAUACGCCAUACUUUUAGUUUUGGAGAAAUGCGUGCAGAAUCUGUUCGUCGUUGAGUCGCUUUACAGGAGACGACGUGAGCCUGAAGAACGGCCUGCCCUUUGCACCACCCAUAACUCCAUCCUAAACCCUAGCCAAGGAAAUGAGAAAAUCUUUGCUGUGUAUGAUGGUAUCAUUAACCAUGGGUACGAGUCACCAGAUAAACACUGUGAGAAUGAAAAGCAAACUUACGGCGGGAACAACGGGAAUGUGUCGCAUUCUCUUGGACACGGAAUGCCAGAGACGCCCAACAGACAGAAGCAGGUCCUGAAAAACAUCGCCAUCUUCCUGUUUAUGUGCAACAUUUCGCUCUGGAUCCUACCUGCAUUUGGAUGCCGGCCACAGUUUGAUAACGGUUUGGAGGAAGCAUCGUUCGGAUUCCCCAUCUGGAGCACGGUGCUGAAUUUCGCCCUUCCUAUGAGCCUCUUCUACCGCAUGCACUCUGUUGCCGUUCUCUUCGAAGUUUUCCGGAAAAUUUAGGUUCCACUUCUGUACCUGCAUGGUGUUUCUUUUGCACACGGUAAUGAUGAUUCCCUACAUCAAGUUCUCAGAACCAGGGUUACCUUCAUUUUUAACACUCUUGUUUCCACAAAAAAGGAGGGAAAAAAUACCCUUUUCUUCUCAAUUUUGAUUGCACACAAGAAAGAGCGAUCGGAGCUUAUUGCUACAAGACAGAAAUAAAUGCUCUUUUGGCUUUUCUCCUCUGUGAUUAGAUCAAAUCAAGAGAUCUCAUCCCUCUGUCCACUAGGGGUUGCACAACUCGAAUACGAAUUCAAAAAAGUAGUUAACUAGUUGUCUUUUCCAUAGUUAAAGCAACAAAUGAUUCAUAAUCUCGCUACUUUAUUAGUGAACUUAAAUGCUGAUUUAAAAAAAUAGCAAAGAACCAUCAAAACUUCAUUUAACAGCUGUGUACAGGCUAAAAAUGACAUUUAUAGCUUCAAUUUAUUUAGGCUACGCUUAUAUACAAAAAUAAACAAAUCAGUGCAAUAAAUGUGCCAAAUAAUCUGUGUAUCAUAUUUCAAUUACAAUGUUUUACAACCAUUAGAGACUUAAAGAUAGAACACUUAACUAGCUGCGUGCAUCGUGACAAUCCUGACAUGUGAGUGGGAGUCAGAUACACGCGGAAUAAAGAAAAGCCACAUUGAUUAAGGUGUUUGAUCAUGGCGUGGUGCUCAUGCAGUGCUGAGCAAUGUCUUAACCACGUCUGGGGUACACUGGAGUAGAUUUUUGCAUCGAGACUCGGAUCAUGCCGGACCCAACAAAAACGUUGUAGAAGUGUGCAGGUUUUAUUUUCUUCACAUAUGAACCUCAUGGGUCAAAGAUAGGGCUUCAUCCUUCAUCUACAGUAACUGCUUCAUCCUAUAAAAUAAAAUAUUUAUAUUUUGACAAGUAGCCUACUAGCACUAACUAAGUUCAACAAUAAUAACUGCGGAAUUGGUCAGCAUUCCCAAUGAAGAAGUCCCACAUACUGUACACCUCUAAACUGGGUUUCACUCAUUUGUUUAUUCAUGUACCUUUUACAUGAUAUUUUUGGAAAUACUAACUUCAUUAGAAAAUGUCAUGGGUGCAUACAAACAACCACAAUAGGAUAGAGAGUGGUCAGAAUUCGGGUGGGCCCUUAAAAAACAGUUCUGCACACUGCUCUACGUUUAACCAUGAAAUUGAUUCGAAAGUGAUAAUGUCCCAAAAAUUCAAAGAAAAUAAUAAUAAUAAUAAUAAUAAUAGCAAUCAUAAUAAAAGAUUUUUCUCAGCAUAGUCUUCCACAAUGUUGACUAGUAAUAGUCGACUAUGCAACCCAACCUGUCUACUGUUUGGAUGGGAAGCACAGCUCUUGGUCUCUACACAGCUCUUGGCUGCUUCUCUCUCCUGUGAUUGGAUGAACUUGUUUAAAAUGAUGUCCGUGACUGGACAAAAAGCAUAACUAUUGGCUUUCUUGC